CCUGACCAUUCCAAGGAACUCAUCAUGGUUUUUACAAUGAAGUUAUCAGCUUCGCUUCUCUUACUUUUAUUCAUUUCCUACCAUUAUGUUUCGGGCGAUAGCAGUCGCAGUAGCGAAGAAGAGGAGGAUCAGCCCUCUGUUGCUUCCAUGGUUCCAGUUGUCCAAGGAACCCCGUCAACAGGCGCCCAAACAUUACCAUCCAUUGACACUGCCGCAGCGAAAUAUAACCUCUUUCACCUUAUUUCAUCAGGUCAGCCUACAGCACCCGAAGCUGAUGAGGAAGAAGAAUCUGUCACAACAGCUGCCCCUCUCAUACUGCCACAUUUACUAAGUACAUCAGCCCCAGUAGUAGAAGAAGAAGAGGAAGAAGAAGGGGUUGCAGGAUUGCAAACGACACAGACACCAUUACCAGAGAUCCAAGUUCCCCUCGAACCAAUUCAACUCCCUAUACCAAGGGUUCCCUUGCCACCUGCACCUAUACCACAACGACCAGUUAUCAUGCCGCCUUAUAGACCAUCGUAUCAAUCAGUCCAGUCUCCUCCGGGGAUAAUUACCAUCUCAUCACCUCCAGUACAAGUCGGCAAUCCAGCCAUUCCAAGACCAAUUGCACCACUUUAUCCUGUGGCACCUGUGAUGCCCGAAAGACCACUACCUCAAAUACCAGCUAAUGACGAUAGUGAUAUCUAUAUUCUAAAAGAGCUUUUGGUUUAUAAUUGAUGAUAAAGUCCCGAAGAUGCCAAAACUACGUUAUAUUUAUUAGAUUAUAAAUUACAGUUGUUAUAUUUAUUAGAUUAUAAAUUACAGUUGUUAUAUUUAUUGUUAUUUAAUAUUUGUAUUUAUUUCUAAUAAAAUGUGAAAAUAAUCAUAGAAAUCG